CAGACUACCCUGCCAAUCAGCUCCCUGGGGACUCGAGGUCCCGAAGACUGUCAAUUACUUCCCUAUUUUGUCACCCUGACACAUGCAGCCUCAACGGGCGUCGAUAGCCAACAGCCAUACUUUGCGGCACUGUAUUCAGAAUCCAGACCGCGGAGUACGGAUACGCAUCCCAACACGAGAGACGGGGCUCCAAGCUCGAGAGACGUCGUCAGCUUGCGAGUCCAAGCAUGACGAUCCAAGUAUCAGCUUCGCCGUUGCUUCUUACAAUGCUACCGUCACUUCUGCCUCCUCCUCCUCGUCCGAUGUCUUCGGAGAUCCCGCUCCCACCAACCACAUCACAUCUGUUCUUACUUCAGACAUGACCGACAGACCUCGAAGGCAGGUCUUCCUCGAUUUCGGCAAGCCUGAGCCGAGACUGACAACCUCGCCACAUCGUGAAGCUUUGCGUCAAAAAGGCCACCACCGCGGGAAUCAAACCUUCUGUCACCAAAAUCGACUGAUGAUCUGCUGUCCCGUCCUGGGGUCUGUAGGUCGAUCCUCAUUCGGUGAGCCCUACUUACCUUACCUUACCUUUCCUUACUACAGUACGGAUAGAUACUCCCAAGUAGGUAUUACUCGGUCUUCUAAUCCCGAGCUCUUCUCUUCCACAUUGUGCGUGCUGUUGCGCCGCAACACACAAUGCCUUCCUUUCGUCUCGCCCGCUCAAACCGUUCGCUCGUCCCUUUGCAGAGUUUACAUGCGGAACCGACUUCGAAAUACGUACCACAUCUUUCGCACCGACACGAAGCUGUUCGCGGCAAUUGUCGUAUGAGGGAUGGUUUAUUCCGUUCUUUGACGUUGACGGAACCUACUGCACGCUCGCCCAUGAUCCAUUGUUCAAUCUCAGAUGCUCUACUCUAGUCCGGCGGCCUUCACUCUUCGCCUCAUU